AUGGUGGUCAGGGCUGACUCAUGCCCAUGGCGGCCAUGCAGGAGCUGGGCGAACCCGGAAAGGAAAGGUAGAAUUGAAAGAUCAUGUGAUGUUGGAUUAGGAGGAUUUAUCUUGGUUAUUUUAGGAUGCUGGUUCCACUGUAGGUAUAAUUAUGCAAAGCAAAAAAUUCAGGAAAGAAUUGCCAGAGAAGGAAUUAAAAAGAAGAUUUUAUAUGAGAAUACCCACCUUGAUCCUGAAAGAAAACCAACUGACAAAAACAGCAGCAGCUAAGCAAAAAACCCAUAUACAAUUCAUUCAAGUUCAGCAUGAAGAGC